ACUUGGGUCACAGUGAAGUCACAUGAGGCGUAAUAAAAUGUCGAUCUCGCUUUUGCAGAUUUUCAGUAAGAUAUUACUAUUAAACAAAGUAAUAGCGAGUUAAUCGACAGUUUGCCAAAACGAUAAAAACAUGGACGAGGACGGUUUACCGAUUGUGGGAUCAGGAAUAGAUCUGACCAAGGUCCCAGCCAUACAACAGAGGAGAGUCGUUGCCUAUCUCAACCAGUUCAUAGUGCACACUGUCCGCUUUCUCAAUCGUUUUUCGACAGUUUGCGAAGAGAAACUUGCAUGCAUAUCUCUUCGGAUACAGCAGAUUGAAACUACCCUCAGCAUUUUGGAAGCAAAGCUCUCCUCUAUUCCUGGUUUGGAGGAUGUCAGGGUGGAGGGUGUUGGUCAGCGACCAGCUACAGAGGUUAAUGGUCCAGUUGCAGUUGUGGUCCCAAGCCAACCAGAGACCCCUAUAGCUGUGGCUGUGCCAUUGCCACCUCCUGAGGCUUCUCCAAACAUAACAGAACCAAGAGCAGCAGAGGCAGCAGGAGACAGUUGGAUGACUGUGGCCAAGGACCCACGCUAUGCCAGAUAUCUCAAGAUGGUGCAAGUGGGUGUUCCAGUUAUGGCGAUAAAGAAUAAAAUGGUCCAGGAAGGUUUGGAUCCCAAACUGCUUGACACACCAGAUGCACCUGUGCCUGAUGCCGUCAAAAAGAAAACACUGGAUCACGAUGAGGACAGCGACGAUGGCAGUGAGUCAUCUUUCAGCGAUUGAUCUGCUGUCUUAGCCAUGAAGCUGCCUAUAGGGAACUUCCUUCCCUGUCAUCUGUGCUCCGGGCCUUUUCCACUGUGCUGCUGCAGGGGCACAGAAGGACUAGAUGCCAGUGUGUGCUUGACAGGCAGAACUACAGUGCUACCGGACAGAAAGUCCCACUUCUGUGGAAGGGAUCUGCAGGGAUGCAUGGGACUUACAAAAACAGGCAGAUUGUUAAGUAGCUGAAAUCGCAUUGUAGAUUGAGUGAAUGUCAACGAGAAAGAGCUGAUAAUGUCUAUGUCCAGGUCAGCCACUGAUCUUGUGAAUGUUAUAUUUUUGUUUCCAUUUCUUCUCCUGAAACAUUUGAUUGGUCAUGGA